UUAUACCAUUAACACCAAAGGACAACAGUGUCAAACGUCAGCUGUCAGGAGGCGGAUUAAUCACCUCUAUUUGUUUAUAUUAUUCGCAAUUCCUUCGAUCAGAUCGACAAUACACCAUCAAAUGUAUAUCGAGAAACGUGACUGUGAUGCUGACCGUCGUUCAGCAUGCCCCAGUACAGCGUGAAACAUCAGCAGUUGCUCGUCGACCUAAAGAACACAGUUGAAAGCCUCCUGGUCGCCCAAGUGGCCAAUGUUUGGUCCAUCUAUGGCGCGCUCAACCGUCUCCACAAUUGUAUGGAAAAAAUAUUUAAACACGGGGUCAAGAGUUCGGAAGAAGAUAACGAGUAUCUGAAUUUCAUACAAGGCCUGGAGUGGUUGCAACCAGAGCAUUCCAAAUCGUAUUUCUCGAUUGAUUGCGAGUACAAGCCGCACAUUCCGGCUAAUUUGAAGGAUGACAAGUGUUCAAUUUGGCUGUAUCGAAGCUUAGAGAGUCACUCCCUGUCACAGAAAUUGUCAUGGUUGUUGUCUGAUAAGACUCAUUUGCUUGCCUGUUAUCAGUCAUACGCAUUCCUUUGUCAGGAAAAAUAUGCAGAAGCCACUUUAAUAUGUUUAAGGGCUAUUGAACACAAUCAACCCAGUUUGAUAUCUGAGAUUAACCCUUGUUUAUUUGUUAUUAAGAGUACAGGUAAAGAUUACCACAAGGUACACAGGCGGUGCUCUUCAUUUCCUGACAACCACUUCAAGAAUAUACAACAGGAAAUCAGGCAGACGCGCAGCAAAUCGUUUACAGACAAACCGGAGAGCAAUGGUGCAAGCAAAGUGAGUAAAAAAAUCAACAUACAAGGCAAACUGAAGGCGUGGAGCAGUCUGCCUUCACUUCAAAUUGAUAGUGUGAAUGUCAAGGAUCUAAUUAAGGUCAGAAAUAUCAGUAAAACAACCCCCUCAACUCCAAUCCACAAUAAAAAAAUCUCGCCUAGCAUGAUAAAAGUGGACUACACAACAUUUCAACACAAACCCAGGAAGUCCACUUUGAAAAAAGGAUCCACAUGGAAGCCAAAGAUCAAGCAUGUAAUCAUCAACAACCAGGACAUUGUGGAGCACACAGCCCCACUCAGUAGUUCCCAGAGCAGCGGAACGCUGGAGCUUUCGCACAUGUCGCUGAAAGACCAACGCAGUCCGAUGCACCAGGAGUCCUCGUCCCCGAGGAUGCUGAUGAACUACAGCUUCCUGGCGUUGCCCGGCGAAAAGGAUUACAGAAGGAAGCCGAAGAAGUCGUUCAUUGAAGACGGGGGGAUGAGCGUGCUUCCCAUGGCCACGGGCUACUUUCCGAAGCCCACAAAGGGUCAAUCAUUGCUCUCGUUUUUAAGUUCUAGUCAAUUUGCAAGGGCCAACGCGGAGUUGGACAGGGAGAAUGCACAUUUUAAAAUUUCCGAAGCCAUCAUCUCGGCGAUGGAGCAGAUCAAAUGCAAGAAGGAUUUGAAACAAGCGGAGGAACAGUUGGACGACAGCGAUCCGGAGAUCGUCGAUCUGAAACAGAGGAUCAGGCUGAGGAGGAGGCAGAAGAUGGUGGAGCACAGGAUGUUUCCUGGAAGUCUUCUGAGCGAUGAGAGGACUGACACUGCGACAAGCGUGAGCCCGAACUCGACGACGACCGACUCUCUUUCGGACUACUUAAGUUCCGACGACGUUGAAGACUACGAAAUCGGCCAAGCAUCAAACCUGGUAGAGAACGCUGGCCUGUCAAUGUCGAUGGCAUCCCUCUAUUCGGAAGCCGACUUGAUGAAACGACCUCGAGGGGCCCCGGACGGUGCCUCCGAUGUGUUGUCCGCCGAGGGCGUCGCCCUGUCCCUGAUCAGUAAGUUCAGCGAAAGGCAACUCCCGAGGGCUUCCGAGUUGGACUGGUUGGUGUCCGAAGAGGACGCCCCCCAGGCCCUGUUGCCCAUGCCCAAGAGUUGGCCGGUGAGUCCGGACGAUUCGGACGACACGACCCUGCUGCGUGGGACGCAGGAGUGGGCGCCGCCCCGGCCGCAGAUCAUCUUCACCAUCCAUCCGCCUUCUUCGAGGAAAGUCCUGAUGGAGAAGCAGAACUACAGAUGCGCCGGUUGCAGCAUGAGGGUGGCGCCCCAGUACGCCUCCAGGUUCCGGUACUGCGACUAUCUGGGACGGUACUUCUGUACCGGCUGUCACACGAAUCAAUUAGCUUUAAUUCCCGGUCGGAUACUGCAAAAGUGGGACUUCAACAGGUAUUCGGUUUCGAAUUUUUCGUACAGGCUCCUGGAACAGAUGUAUGCGGAUCCGCUGUUCAGGGUUUUCGAAUUGAAUAAAAACAUAGCGAAGAUGUCCAAGAAUCUGCAGUUUUGUCGGAAGUACCGCAUGGGUUUAUUUUAUCUUAAGGAUUUUAUAUUCGCUUGCAAGUAUGCGGAGACAAUACAAGAGAGACUGGAAGAAUCGAAGCAGUACGUGCUGAACGACCCAGAAGUAUAUUCCAUAGAAGAUUUAGUUAAUGUUAGAAGUGGCGAAAUGAAGGCCCAACUUAAGUUAUUAGUAGAAUUGUGUUGUAGACAUACUUCAGAGUGUAAAUUGUGUUUAGGCAGAGGUUUUAUAUGUGAAAUUUGCAAUUCAGAAGAAAUAAUUUUUCCAUGGCAAAUGCGAAUAGUACGACGAUGUGAUAAAUGCGGAGCAUGUUACCAUUCGAAAUGUUGGAAGGAAGGUGACUGUUUAAAAUGUAGGAGAAUUAACAGACGAAAACAAAGUUUACAAGAAUUAGAUUAAGGAAACUAAUGAGAUUAUAUACAAUUUUUAUUUAAAACGAGUAUUUUUAUAGAUAUUUUAUAUAUAAAACAUGUUAAACCAGUAUUUAUUUUUUUUUCAAAAAUAAAAUAUUUUAUAGCAACCAA